UUAUGAUAUGUAGGUUGUACAAAUUAUAUAUUUUUGAAUACAUACAUCAUAUAGAUUAAAGUAUUGUUUAAAUGCAUGAAUAAAUUUGAUCGUCACAAAAGAGAACUUUUUUAUUUAUAGAAAAGUCACAAAGAGAAAAUGAAAUAUCUUAAAAGGGGUUCCCCUUAACCACGAUUUGUCCCGGUUCCUUGCAUACGAGACAAAUUAUUACACGUUUACAACAACAAAAAAAAACCAGAAAAUUUCUUUUUCUACCACAAUACUUCCAAGCUCUCUACUUGCAAUGAACUUGGAUCUUCCUUUCCACUUGUAACUUCAUGAACCAACAACAACUAAUUGACGGCGGAGCAGACCCGGCGAAUCUCCCCGUUGGUCCCCGUCCUCACUCCAACAUUGCCCAUUCUAACCAUGGCCCGCCCGAACUCGACGUUGAAGGUCAGGCCCAACAGCCCACUGAGGCCCAAGUACCGGCGGACGAAGUUCCCGGUCCGGUUAUCCGACCACAACCGCUGGUCCGACUCCAGGACCCCACGCCCGUUCCUGAUGUUGGUGAAGUAGGAGGUGUCGAACCGGUUCUGGCUCCCCGUGUCCAUCGCCACCCGCGCCGCCCCGUUGUUGUUCUGCGGGCAGAACGACCGGAGGGUCGGCAGGAAGUCCGCCGCGAUCGAAGG